ACGACCCGACAAUGGCGGAAGUAGGUACAAUGUGAGCCAGCCAUGCACUUUAUCUCCAACUAAUCUCGUCUGCUGCUGCUAAUAUCUGCCCAGACUGGACUAUUGGGAGCUGAAAGACCAAACUAAGCCGGAGCAGCACCUGGCCGAGGACCGUCGCCCUCGCUCCACACAACCAGCCAAGAUGUUGUCCGAAGGUGGCUCUUUUGUGAAGGGGAUGGCCUUGGGAGCGGUCUUCAGCCUGACGCUGGCCAUCCUCGGUAGUUUCAGCCCCAGGGCCCAGUCUGUGUCGGAGAACCACCAUCACCACCAUCACGUCCAGGCGGCGAGCAACGACGAGCUCAAGCGCCUCUCGGACCCGGAUGCUCAGGAAUUGAACUACCAAGUCCGUGUGUACUGCGUCAUCAUGGUCCAGCCCAAGACUCUGGUCCACUGGGCCGCCGCCGUGGACACGUGGAGCAAACACUGCGACAAAGCCGUGUUUUACACCUCGGAGUCCUCCAAGGCCCUGGAGGCGGUGGACCUGAAUGAAAAAGACGACUGGGCGAGGUUGCAAAAAGCUCUGAAGCACGCCUACGAGAACGCCGGAGAUCUGCGCUGGUUCUUCAUAGCGCAGCCCACCACCUUCGCCAUCAUCGAGAACCUCAAGUACCUGCUGCUCACCAAGGACCCCGGCGAGCCCUUCUACAUCGGCAACGCCGUCAAGUCCGGCGAGCUGGACUACGUGGCGUACGACAGCGGCAUCGCCCUCAGCUACGAGGCUCUCAAAAGGCUGGUGCAGGUUUUCCAAGAUCAAGACAAGUGUCCCCAGACCAGGCAAGGCCUGUGGCUCCUGAGCGAGGACAAGCAGCUGGCCGUGUGCCUCAGGUACACCGGCGUGUUCGCCGAAAACGGCGAGGACAUGCACGGCAAGGGCCUGUUCAACAGCAAGAGCGUGGAGACGUUGAUCAAGGAGAGCAUGAAGAACAACCCCAACAACGUGGUGGAAGGCUGCUGCUCCGACAUGGCCGUCACCUUCGGCGGGAUGACGCCCAAUCAGAUGCAGGUGAUGAUGUACGGCGUCUACAGACUGCGUUCUUUUGGCCACGAUUUCUACGACUGGUUGACGUUUGACCCUCCGGAGGGUUCCGAAAACGACUAGAUCUUGGCUUUUAAUACUAGCUCCUUGUAUAGGAAGAUGGUUUUCUAAUGUGGACUUAUCUAAUUGGAUCUUUACUGGGGGGGUUUAGAUUUUUACAAGUUUUCUACCUUUUGCACUCUUUGCUCCCGGUUCCUGUGGUGGUAACAGUCCAAGGGCACACCGUCCUUUUCAAUGAAGACAACAAUGUGACUUGCGCUUAGGCUACGGCUUUUUUUUAUGUAUUUCCGUCCUUGUGUGAUCCUAAAGCUGAACCUUUGUGUAGACGUACCAAAUAUUAUGUCACGUUUUACUCGUUUUCUGGCCUAAUUUAACAAAAAGAGGGUUCUGCUCUGGAAGGUCACAGAUAGCAAAGGGAAGUUUCCUGGUACUGAUUGGGGACAGUGUCUUAUACAGAAGGUAACACUGUAUUUUUGCCUCAUUACUGUGAGAAUCCUGCAUGUGGCGAAAGCAUUAAGGAGUAGGACUAUCCAGGACAAGCUGCAGUGUGCUCAAACAAGCAGCAUCUGUGAGCAAAUAUCGCUUUCUCUGUGGGAAAGGGUCGGUAAUGCUUUCUUUUACCACACUAAGUGAAGGAAAAGUCCAAAAUACAGUGUUGCUACUGUUGAAUCUCUUUUUUUGUAUGUUUGUGUGGAAUCAUCCUUACUGGAUAACCUGUACUUGAAAAUGACAAUUAUUUAAGAAAUUUAAUAAAAGUGGGAAAACAUGCCAAGUCAAAUAUGAA